AUGAUUUCAGUGUCUCCCAACACCGUCGGUCAAGCCUAUUCCGCGCAGGCUGAAGUUAUGCCGGCGGUAAUGGCACCUCCUCUGGUUGGCCAGCACCCAACCGGCGUCCCAGAGGAGGGUAAAGAGGGGCCAAUCCCAACCACUGGACCCUCGGGCUUCGGCCCAGAACCGGCCCCAACCGUUCAGGCCGAGCACCUGCCGGCGGUUGAGGGCUCGGUAGGAUCAUUGGACAUGCUGGACUUCUCGAGUACAUCGAGAUUCGACAACAGCAGCCCCACUACGAGUGAAGAGAAAUCGACACUCCAUGACGUCCCAUCGAUAAUGUCCCUUGAAGUCUUCGAUGAGGCGGCACGCUGUGAGGAAACAUUAGCGGAUCAAAACGACCGCCUCCGAUGGCAAAGAGACUUCUGGAAGACCCAGUGCCGCACACUCUGGGAACGACAAGCGACGUUCGAAAAAAAAUUGAAGUUUUACCAAGAAGCCCUGGGAGAGGCGGAAGUUGAGGCCAAGAAGGCCAAAGAAGCAGCCUCCGUCGCCACAAAAAAGGCCGAAGAAGAAAGAGCACUGAAGGAAGCGGCAGAGAAAGAAGUAGCCGAAUUACAAGCCCGCCUUCUGACACAUCUUCGGACAGCCGUCGCCGAUGACCGGCCACCAAGGGCCGAAAGAUCCAGGUCCAGAAGUCCGCUGAUGACGCUGAGGACAGCGUGGUCAAUAACGCCGACAACAGCAGAGAUCCUAAGGAUCGAAGUCACACAGCCCCCAGCGACCCAACACCCGCCGCCACCCGCAGAUCAGGGAUAUGAGGUCCAAGAACAAAACCACGAGGCUCCUGGGCCUUUGCGAAGAAUGGCGAAGUGCAAAAGGCGAUGUUGUUACCAGCCCUCAGCCGACCCUCAACGGCCUCGGCCCCCGCGAAGGUCGAGGGAACUUCAAGGACUUGGUCCAGUGCUUCAAGAAGAGGAUAAUUGCCCAGACGAACACACGCCACGAAGACGCCCACGAAGAGAAAGAAAACCUCCUUCACGGCUCAUCGUGGACAUGUCAAGCCGAUCGUAUCGGACUUCACAAGAGCCCAGGCUGCCUCGUAAGUCAAUUUUUUCGAUAUCUUUACCAUUUUUACCCAAAAAACCCUUUAAAAAUUAUCAAUUUAGCAUUUUUUCAAACUCUAUAUUUACUAUCCCAAUCUUAUAAUAUCAAGAUUUUUUCAGGUCGAAGAGUAGUAAAUCCAUACUGAGUGGUCAAAAACUCAACACGGCGCAAUCGCGCAGUCACUCAUGCCUAAUCACGUAAGCUUUUCGCAGCGUCCCUCCAAUAAUCCUAAUUUUUUAGCAAUUUUUCGAAUUCAACCUCGACAAGCAACAACAAGAUCACGGGUCGAUAAAAAUGCUUGCCCCAAACCUUAGUUCGACCGACUGGAACGCGAAAAAAGUAAGUUCGCCAAAACUAUUUUUGCGAGCUGCGCCCGAGAAAAGAACAGUUGCUUUUUUACGCUGUUGGAUUUUGGUGGCAUAUUUUGGACGAAAAUGGUAGAUAUAAUAUGAUUAUAUUUUCAGAUGGAGACCGGUCCAAAGGGAAGAUAAGCACCCUAGCCCCCCGAAUGAGCCCGGGGGGCCUUUGGAAGAAAUACAGGGUGCCAUCUUCCCCUUGUUUUGGUCAAUUUUCGGCUGAAAUCCGGUAAGUUUUCGUGUUAAAUUUAUAUUUUUCAUUUUAUUUUUUGCAGAUCUCGUUCAAACGAGAUUGAACUGGGAAGGAGAGAGCACCCUCGCCCCCUGACUGAGCCCGGGGGGCUUCUGGAUCAUAAAAGGGUGCUCUCACCCGUUUCCAUCAAAGUGGAAGAUGUUCCACUUUGA